GACGAUAUUUUCAACGAAAUGGCAGUGUUGUCACAGAUGAAGCAUAGGAACGUGGUGAAGCUCUUGGGGUGUUGCCUUGAGACGAAAAUUCCCAUGCUUGUCUAUGAAUUCGCCUCCAAUGGAACACUUUCUGACCAUAUCAAAGACCUUUCGUGGGAAGACCGUCUAAGAAUUGCAGCCCAAGUAGCUGAUGCACUUAUAUAUAUGCACACGGCCACUUCUACACCCAUCGUACAUAGGGACAUAAAACCAUCCACUAUUUUAUUGGAUGAUAACUAUUCCCCCAAAGUAUUUGAAUUAGGGCUCUGUGUAACAAUUCCUGUAGGAGAAACGCAUGUAGAGACACGCGUAGUGGGAACCGUGUACUAUGUGGCUCCUGACCAAGUUUCGAGAGGCCGAGUAACAGAAAAGUGCGACGUCUAUAGCUUCGGGCAGCCCCUGCUUGAUCUGCUUACCCAAACAUCUCCACAUGAGAGGUCGAAAGCCAUUAUGGAUAAGGGCGGUGAUUUGGCCAUUCCAUCCAUCGAAGGUAAAAUGGAUGCUGGCAAUAGAAGCCAGGGAAAGACGGAGCAAUUGUUGGCUUUUGCAGUGCUUGCCUCAAGGUGCCUCGAACGUGAGGGUGAAGAAAGGCCAACCAUGAAGGAUGUGGUUCAAGAGCUUAGAAGGAUAAUAAGAUCAUCUUUGGAAACAAGGAAUACAACAGAAACGGAAAACGUUUCCAUGGAGGAAGUGCAUCAGGAGCUCAGAAGGAUACUAAGGUACUUGUACGAACCAAUGUCUAUGACAGAAAGGGAAAGAUAUUCCGAUGUUAGUGAUCUUGAAAGACAUUCCGAUGUUAGUGAUCUUUCCGAUGUAAGAGAUUUUUCUCCAAGGCAAUCCAUGUAAAACACCCUUUUUUCCCGGAUUUAAAGUUGUAGGAAUGUUAAACUGUUGUUGGGUGGGUAUCAUUUGGUUGUGCUGGUUUAUGGCUAUGAAAUUCCCUAUUUCUCUUUCUUUCUGUCUUUCUUUUGAUGUGCUGGUUUAAUGAUGUCCUGAGAUGGCUUUUGGAAUCAUGAAUAUUAGCAACCCAAGUGCUGCUGGCUUAUAGAGGAUGACCAUCAUCUGAGAAAUUUUAUGGUCAUUGUUCUCUUCUUUUUUCCCUAUCUUUUUUACGGUCCAAUACAGGGGGUUUUUCCUUAGAAAUUGAUGAUCGUGGAAGCCACAAAUAUGGAUGGCUAGUUCUGCUCUUGUUAUGGUGGUGGUUCCCUUUGAAAUGUUUGGUUUUGUGGUUACGAGUCGAUUUUGGGUCUGUGAUGCUUCUAUUACAUUGAAAGUGACGAUUGGUGGUGAUGAUGAAUGCUGAGAUCUGGGCUUCUGGAAGUGCCUCAGUUCAUCAAAGCAGUAGUAGGUAUUGGCUCUUUAAUAUCUACUUGGAAGAUGCUUCUUGGAGCAGUGUUUUUUGUCUAAUUUUUACUUUUUAAUUUUUCAAGAGUUAAUUUGGGCAGUGACCCAGUCCUUUGAAUAGAAUGAAUACUUAACUCUUUUAAGCUUUCAAGUUUUGGACAAUGGAGAACUUAAUACUUUAUUUUGUUACCCGUUUUCAAAAAAGUAUUCAUGUUUCCUAUUUUCAGUGCCACUCCCACCCUUUUGUUUUCCUCAUCUUACUAGGCUGGACAAUUGUCCACCCAAAUGGAAUUUAUAUUUUGAUUGACAACAUUGAUUCGUUUUUCCUAUUCCAUGACUACAGAUACUGCUUGUGUUACCCAAUAGAGCCCAUAUGCAAAUGUGGUCCAACAAUUAUCCAUCUUUUGGGAAAAUACAUGAAUGGAUCUUUAUUAUUGUACUGUGGAACUGAAUUUUAGCCACUGAAAAUCCUCUUCAAUGAUCCACAUCAGCUAAACAGAACGAUAUUUAGAAUCAUGUCAAUUCAGUAGGGCUAAACACAAGUAUCAGAUCUGUGUUUUAGGGACCAUGGAAGAUGUCAAUGCAAAAUAUAUAGCUACUGGCUGAUGAAACAGAAAAGAUGGAAUUAUAUAUAGCUCUGUAUAUUGACUGACAUAUCGCAACACGGUCAUCAAACAUGAACGAGAGAGUUGGGGAUUUCAAUCAAGCAUGGGCAAAAUGCAUAUUACACAUCCCAUGAAUUUUUGGCUUCUGAAAUUUGAGUCCCUUGUUGUAUUUCUAUAAUCAGUGGUUCUUGUUAUCAGUUUCAGCAUAAAUAAUUUUGUUCAGCAGCUGGAACACAAUUCAUGUUUUUCAUUUCUCAGGAAGAGUCAAUUGGCCUGAUUUUUUUGGUUUUAUAAACUGGGUUUGAAGCUCUUCGAUUGUUCUAACAUUAUGCCGGAUCUGACAAGCCUGCCAGUCUGAUUUGCAGCCUCGGACAACAUUGACAAAGGUGAUAGCCUGCAGAAGGGCUGCCUUAAACAUGCUUAUGGGAUUAGCAAACCUCUGACUCACUCCUCCCAGGUAAUACAAGAUACUAUACAAGUAAUAUAAAUGGUGCAUUACCGCAUCCUCUACUUUGUGGAAUGAUAGGGUGCUAUGCUUUUCAUCACAUCUAAGGUGCUGAGGGCUCCCCUGAUUUGUACACAUGGUAUGCUCAAAUCCAAACUGUCCAAAUAGUGGAACCCACUGUAGAUUGGUCAUGUCCAAUAAAUAGAUUCUUGAACAAUUUAGACCUCUGAUUAGAAAAUUUGUUCAAUUUCAUCUGCUUGCUACUUUUCCUUUUUCCAUCCAUCAGACUUCCAACAAUAUGCUGAUUGGGCUCAUAUUUUCAGCUGAAUUUAUGGGUUAGCAUCUGUGGCAGUCUACAGUGGGUCCCACUACUUGGUUGGUUUGGAUACAAAGUAGGUGCCAUGUUUACAGCAGAGGCGCUCCCUGCACAUUAUCUGUGUUAUAAUGCCAAGAAGCCUAUAAUUUUCCCCUCUAGGUUUAAAAUUCCAACCAUUUGGACAAAUACUACCACCAACUGUUUGAAAGAGAAAUUCUACCAACAUCUAGUGAGAAAGGCAAAUGCUAGAAACGUUGACACUUGGGAAGUUUCACGCAAUGCAGACAUUAGUGUACAAUAACAUUUAUACUGAUUGGCAAUGUUCAUGUGGUGAACUAUCAUGUGGAUGGGCCAGCAUGCAUGUUGGGAUGGUUGAAGGAUCUGCCCAUUAUGAUAAUAAGACCAUAUUGAUUUUUGAGUGGGCCUCCCAAUUAGUGACAUAGAUCACCCUAAAAUGUGGAAUAACAUGUUGGAGAUGUUCUCAGUGGUACACAAUGGAACUGAAUGGAUUCUGCUGAUUACAGUAACUGCAUUCCUCUUGAUUGAUCAUAUUCUGGCAUUGUAAAGACCAAGAAAUGGUCUUACUCUCCUAUCUUAGAUAGGGAUAUGUGGAAGAUCCAAUCGAUCCAUCAGAUUGUGCUGUAAAAAUCCCCUUAUGAUGACUUUUAUCCAUCUAAUCAGUCACUUGCAAUAUGGAUGGGAAGAUUGCUUAUGAAGAAACAGACCCAAUCUACCAUUUCAACCAUCCAUUUGGUGGGCCUUUUCGCAUGAAUGGUCUAUGGUUCCAAAGAAUAAUGGUAACGAAUGAUUCUAAUGAUAAUCCAUGUGUUGGAAAACGAAUGGCUUCAGAAAAGAAGGGAAACCUUUGGACCCAUAAGAUUAUCCAAUUAGAGAGAUUUCUUUGGGUAUGUCCAUGAUGGGGCAGGACCUAACAGAUUGCCAAGAUCGAUUAAUUGAACUGUCCACACCUAACCACACACAUUUUAGUAUAAAGUUCAGACCAAUUGACUGGAAGUCAUCAUCGACUUGUGGCAAAGCUGACUUAUUGACCAAUUUGCUCAUCCUCAAUUCUUCUAUUAUUAUUGUUAUUAAUUUUUGCAUAGUAGAAUUUGAGAGGAGGGGACUAAGUUCAUUGAUAACAAAACAGCUUAAAGCACUCGCAUUGCAAAUAAUAGAAAGGCAUGGGUUUUGGACAUAACAUCCCCUCCUCUAUCAUCAACUUCUUAUUUAUUGGUAUAGGUUCCAAACACCUCCCUCUUCAAUCUCUUUCAUUACUUGGUUUCUUACAAAUAUGGAUGGAAUAAUGAAUUUUCUACUUCCAUCCAGCUAAGAUGAAUGCUAUUUGUUUUCUCUUGUUAUUUCUGCAGGUAAGGGCCCGUUGAAGAGAAGGGAAUGAGAACAACGGUUCAUUGAAAAUGGAGCUCAAUUGCUGGAGGAGUUGAUCUCCUCUGGUGACGGCAAAGUAAAGUCUAUCCAAAUCUUCUGUGGUAGAGCUCGAAAAAGCGAUCAUCAAAGAGAAAGUGAUUUUGUAUGAGGAUGACACGCAUACCUAUUAUAGGGGAACCCCCGUGGCCACACAAUUGUCAUUAAGAAGCAGAGCGAACAAUUGACCCACCAUAUUUUCAAUGAGAUUACGGUGUUAUCCCGAAUUAACCAUAAGAAUGUGGUGAAGAUCUUGGGCUGCUGCCUCGAGACAAAACCUCCCUUGCUGGUCUAUGAAUUCGUCUCAAAUGGAAGCCUUUCCCGCCAUAUCUAUUACAUGGACAAAAGAAGCCUUUCAUGGGAGGACUGUCUAAGAAUUGCUAGCGAAGUUGCAGAUGCACUUACCUAUCUGCACAAAGCCACUCCUCGGCCUAUCAUACAUAGGGACAUAAAGCCCUCCAGUAUUUUAUUGGAUGAACACUUUUCUGCCAAAGUAGCUGAACUGGGUCUCGCAGUAUCAAUUCCCUUGGGAGAAACACGUUUGGAAUUGGAGAAGAUUGAAGGAACAUAUGGGUCUGCAGAUCCGGAAUACUUAGCACAGGGAAAUUGACAGAAAAGAGCGAUGUCUAUAGCUCUGGGGAGCUCUUGCUCGAUCUUUUAACUGGAAAGAAGGCUUAUGACUGGAAGAGGACAGGUGACCGAGGUGCUGCAUUUUCAGAUCUGGUAAUUUCUUCCAUGAAAGAGGAAUGGCUUGGCCUGGAUUCGGAGGCCAGCAUUGAGAGUGACAAAAAGAUGGAGCAACUGAUAGCUUGGGUAGAGCUUGCCUUAAGCUGUGUCAAACCAAAAGGGGAGGAAAGGCCUACAAUGAAGGAAGUGGCGCAGGAGCUCAGAAGAAUAAAAGGAGCCAAGACUUACUUGUGGGGCCUUUCCAAAGAAAACAGAUACAGAACGAAGGUUCUUAGACAACGGAGCUCGGCUGCUGCAAGACCUAAUCUCUUCGUGCGAUGGCAAAGUAAACCUUUUCAGGAUCUUCUCUGAGGAAGAGCUCAGGAAGGCUACUGACCACUACGAUGAGAGAAGAAUUUUGGGUAAGAAAGGCACCUUCACCUAUUAUAAGGGAACCUAUGAAGACCGCACGAUCGUUGUUAGGACGAUAAGUUCUGAUAGUGCAAAUGAGGAUGACAUGAACUUUGUCUUCAAUGAAAUUGUCAUGUUAUCACAAAUCAGCCAUAGGAAUGUGGUGAAGCUCUUGGGUUGUUGCUUGGAGACUGAAGUUCCCAUGCGGGUUUAUGAAUUUGUCCCCAAUGGAAGUCUUUACCAGCAUAUCCAUGAGACUGAUCUUUCAGGUCGGAUUUCAUGGGAGAAUCGUCUAAGAAUUGUCACUGAAGUUGCGGAUGCACUUACCUAUCUGCACGCUUCAUCUCCCAAGCCAAUCAUACAUAUGCACAUAAAGCCUUCCAAUAUUCUAUUGGACGGAAACUACACUGCAAAAUUAACCAAUUUCAGGAUCUCGGUUUCAAUAUCACCCGACGAAAGAAAUGUAGAAUCAGCUAUUAAAGGCACCGUUGGAUACAUCGAUCCUGAAUAUGCGAGUACUGGGUUAUUCACAGAGAAGAGCGAUGUUUUUGGCUUCGGGUUGCUACUGCUUGAGCUUUUAACAGGAGAGAAGACAUUGGACCAGACCAGGGAGGAGCUGUGGUUGGGGAAUCUUGUCAUGUCUUCCAUGAUCAAGAACCAGCUUAGCUCAAUUGUGGAUGUGGGCAUUAUGGAAGAGGGAAAGAUGGAACAAUUCACAGCUUCUGCAGAGCUUGCCCUGAGAUGCAUCCACGAGAAGGGCGAGGAAAGGCCAACGAUGAAGGAAGUGGUGCAAGAGCUCAAAAGUAUACAGAGGUUCAAGCAUCCUUCAUCCCAAUCAGUUUCCAAUUCCUGAAUUCGCAUCUCUCAUCAAAUGCGUGUUAUGUAUGGUGUCAUACAUGGAUGAUUUAUGCUAUUACAAUUUGAUGUAGAACACAGAGCAAUGUAAUAAAGAGAAGGGAAAAAAAAAACA